AUGUUCAUCCUAGCGUUGUUCUGCCUUGCGGCAGUGGCUAAUAGCCAUCCGAUUGAAUCAACUGCCCAGCAUAUUGUGAUUGUGACGCCACAGGCCCAAGUGCAUUUGGAGCCAGCCUUACGUUAUGUCCAUGGUCUAUCGCCAUUGGCUCGUGUCUCGGCCCCCCAUCAUGAGGAGACCAUUGUGUAUGUACCAGCUGGAACGGCUGCCUCUGUUGUCCCUGUUGUCGAUGCUGUCGGCUCGGGUCGUGCCAGUGCAAUUCAACCGAUCCAACAGGAGACCAAGCAAAUUGAGAAUUUCCCCGAGAACAUCAAUCAGAUCCAGCAGACGGCACAGCAGGGUGUGGAGAUUGUAAGUGGUCAAUUUGGUGAGGCAGCAGCUGCAGCAGCAUCAACUGGUGCCGGUUUCUUCCCUGGCUUCUUCCCAUCGAGCGGUGGCUCCAAGAAACCGGAUGAGCAAAAACUAAAGACUGAGAAAAUCGAAUUGAUCGAGACCCCGGCUAAUACUCAGCCCUUGCUGGCCACUGAGGCACGUCAUUUCUAUGGUCUGCCCCAGGUCUAUCAUGCCCCAACUGUGGUCGAUGUCGUCCAUACGCCCGUCUACUCCUUCCCCAUUUCGGCUAUCCGUGCGCGCAGCAUUCAGGCCGAAGCAGAGCCACAAGCAGCCCCAUUGAAAACGGAAUUGGAACCAGAAUUGCCACUAGCUCAACCUUUGUUAAAGGAGCAGCCAUUGGAGGAGAAGCAGCCAUUGAUCCAGCAGGAGCAGCAACAGCCAGCUGCCAUUAUCCCAGAGGCCAAUGAGCAGAAAUCCGAAUUCGCUGGUCGUCUAUUGGAGGGCAAUGCCAUUAAACAGGAUCUUCAGCCCGCUGAACUGGCCAAGGAGCAGCCCAAGGAAGAGAUUAAAAUUCUGCCCGAGCAACCUUUGAUCAAGAAUCUACCAGCCGAGACUGCUAUUCAACCCGAGCAGCAGCAGCAGGCCGCAGCUCAGCCACAAUCUCAGCCAGCUGAGAUUAUUCCAGCCAUUCCAGCUAUUGCUGGAGCAGUUUAAGCAGAGCCAUUACAACAACAACAUUAUCAUCAUCUCAUCAGCAUCCGCGAGCCAUUCCUCAACUCCCUCCCCAAACCCAACAUCAUUCUCACCUCUCUCAAAUACUAUAUCAUAUUGGGCAGCUUUGGUUCUUCAACGCUUUUGCGUGCCUGUAGCAAUCAGGCCAAGGGGUUUUUCUUAUC